CCGCCGCUAGAGUUCUCCUCGUCUCAAAUCUGUUCAGUCUGCGAUUAGACUGUUUACUCUCCAUAGCCCUAAACUGUGGAUAGACAGAAUACACACAUUUAGACACAAGGAAAACUCUUCCGGGAAUACAAAUGUAACACAUUUACCAAUCACACACGGGUUUUUACAGAACCGCGAGUUACUGAAACGUGCAUCCCCGACGAAGGUUAAAUGAGUAGAGAUACCAUGUCACGUGUAGCAAAGAAAAGGCAGGCAGACCCCAAAGUGGUCCAGUACAUAUGGGCAGCCAUUGAAGUCAUCCGGAAUCAGAAACAAAUUGCAAACAUGGACAGAAUAUCCAAGUACUUGACACGAGUCUUCGGCAUGCAUCCCAAAGAGACCACGCGACAGCUGGGCCAGGCUGUGAAGGAUGGGCUGGUUGUGGAGACGCUGACCGUGGGCUGCAAGGGCUCCAAGGCCGGAAUCGAGCAGGAAGGAUAUUGGUUGCCUGGAGACGAGAUUGAGCAGGGGACUGAAGGCAGUAAGGAGUGGGAGUCGGAAUGCCACGACUGGUACUGCUUCGAGUGCCACCUCCCAGGAGACGUGCUGGCCUGCGACUCGUGCUUCCGGGUCUACCAUCUCAAAUGCAUGUCAGAAGAGUGGAAGCCGAGGGAGAGCAGCGCGCAUUGGCAUUGCACUGUCUGCAGGACUAGCAAAAAGAAGAGUUUUAAUAAACAGGAAAUGAGCAAAUACCUGCGGUUCAUUGUGCAGCGUAUGAAGGAGAGGGCAAUAGACUUGAAUAAGAAAGGGAAAGAUUGCAAGCACCUGAUGUACAAAAGGCUGAUUCACACGCCGCUGGAUGUUUCAAACAUACAGGAGAAUGUCAAUGAAGGCAAAUAUAAAAGUUUUGAAGAGUUCAAAGCUGAUGCCAAGCUAAUCGUCCACAACACAGCGAUUCUGUACGGAGUUCACAGUGACCAGGCUGAAAGAGCAAGGCUGCUCUACAGUGACGCAUGCCAUGAGCUGAAUGAACUGCAGCUCUGCAAAAACUGUUUCUAUUUGUCAAAUGCACGACCUGAUAGCUGGUUUUGCUACCCGUGCAUGCCGAAUCACGAAUUAGUUUGGGCCAAAAUGAAGGGGUUUGGAUACUGGCCAGCAAAAGUGUUACAAAGAGAAGACAAUCAAGUGGAUGUACGAUUCUUUGGGCACCAGCAUCAGAGGGCCUGGAUUCCCUCAGACAACAUCCAGGAUAUCAAGGUGAAUGUGCAGCAGCUGCAAGUGAAGCGCAGCAUGGGCUGGAAGAAGGCCUGCGAUGAACUGCAGCAGCACCAGCGCUUCCUGCGAGAGGGGAAACUCUGGAAAACCAAGGUGGAGGACAGACACGAGGAGGAGGCCGAGUCCGGCAUCUCCUCCACCAGCAACGAACAGCUUAAGGUUACCCAAGAGCCCAAAGCAAAGAAAGGGCGUCGCAGCCAACAUUUGGAACCCAAAGAAGAAGACCCAGAGCCUGAGAUUGAGGCAGUCAGCUCCAGUCAGGAGAUCCCCACAACGCAUCACCAGCCUGAAAAAGUUUCCAUCUCGACUCAGACCAAAAAAACAAGUGCCUCCUCCCCAAGAACACUGCCCCGGAGCACCCAGACCAACAACGAUGGCGUGUGCCAGAACAUGUGCCACGAGAAAUACACCAAAAUCUUCAAUGAUGUCAAAGAGAGGAUGAAAGCUGAUAACAAGCGGGAGACUGAGCGAGUGCUACGAGAAGCCCUGGAAAAGCUCCGCACAGAUAUGGAGGAGGAGAAGCGGCAGGCCGUAAACAAGGCCGUGUCUAACAUGCAGGCAGAGAUGGACAGAAAGUGCAAGCAGGUCAAGGAGAAAUGCAAGGAGGAGCUGGUGGAGGAGAUCAAGAAAAUGGUCUUGCAGCACAAACAGCUGGUUUCUCAGACCAAGAAGAAGCAGUGGUGCUAUAACUGUGAGGAGGAGGCCAUGUAUCACUGCUGCUGGAACACCUCCUACUGCUCUAUUAAAUGCCAGCAGGAGCACUGGCACACAGAGCACAAACGCACCUGCCGCAGGAAGAGAUGAGGCUGCUCGCCUUUGUGUCAUUCUGUCAGUGACUCGCAUUAUCUUUAUCAACACAAAAUUGGGUAGCUUACUUUUCUUUUUCUGAAAUCUCAUUUGCACCAGCCUUUAAACACAUUGCGUACUGAAACCUUUGCACAAUGAUCUUUAUAUAUAUAUAUAUAUAUAUAUAUAUAUAUAUAUAUAUAUAUAUAUAUAUAUAUAUAUAUAUAUAUCAUUUUAAUUUUUUUGUGUAGAAUGCCCAAUAUUAGUAUUGUUGUUAUUGUUAUAAUUGUUGUUUUUAAUAUGAUUAUUAUUAUUAUUUUUUCCAAUCACUGUUAGAUGUGAAGGGGCAUUAUUAAUGUGCUCAGAGAAGGAAAGUAUUUUUUUUCCUGGAGUGCUAAUACUACCUUUGUUGGUUAAUGUGUUAUUUAAGUUUGUAGCAAAUGGUUAGCAUUUACACGUUUUCAAUACGUUUAACUUUCUUACCUGAUUUUUUUUUGUUUGUUUUGUUUUAAAUCUAAUUUCUUACUAUGAAAGAAAAGAAGAAAAAAAAAAAAAAAAAAAAAAGCUCCAAAAGUCGAGCUUAAGAAAUAUGGAAACAAUCCUGUAGCAUAAUUGUUACAUUUUACAGAUUACUUUAAUGUUUUCACUUUUUUAAAUAGUUUUUUUUUAAAUACUAAUAUAGCUCUUAGAGGUUAAAACUGAUAGUCUCGCCCCUUGUCAGGUGAGUGGCAUUAUUAUUGGUUUCUAGCCAUUGGUUUCUAAUUUGUGAGGGUAGAAUUAAAAUUAGGGAACAGGGUUAUCAUGGCAGGUAGUGCCAAACAAUCAUUCAUUUAAACUUUUGGUUUAUCUGGUUGUCUUUUAAAUAUACUGUAAUUUUUUAUAAAAAAAAAAAAAAAAAAAAAUCAAGAUUUGAUCUUCUAGGCUACAGAUCUGGGGAAUAUAGGAAUCUUUACUGAGCUGGAUCUUAGAGAAGGUUUAAAUAUUUACUUAUUGUUUUACGGUUUGCACAUUUUGAUUAUUUUCCUAGCCCAAAUGCUUGUAAAAA